GGGGGCCGGCGGGCAGCGGGUCCGGGUUUGGGUUCGGCUCCGCUCCGGGCCGGGCCGGGCGGGACCGCCCCGCCAUGGGGACGCCGGGCGCCGGGCGCAAGCGGCUGCCGAACCGGGAGCGCCUGACGGCGGAGGACGAUGCGCUCAACCAGAUCGCCCGCGAGGCUGAAGCGAGACUCGCGGCGAAGCGAGCGGCGCGGGCGGAGGCGCGGGAGAUCCGGAUGAAAGAGCUGGAGAGGCAGCAGAAGGAGAAAUAUUAUGGUCUGGAUACUAAGUGGGGAGACAUCGAGCAAUGGAUGGAAGACAGUGAGCGUUAUUCCCGUAGAGCCCGAAGAAAUGCCUCGGCUUCGGAUGAAGAUGAGCGCAUGUCAGUGGGUAGCCGUGGAAGCCUGAGGUCUCAUUUGGAUUAUGCCAGCACCUACCCAGUGGCUGGAUUAGAGAGUGAGAGGACCAAAAAGAAGAACUACUCCAAAGCAACCAAUGGUUAUGAGGAAGACGUGUAUGGAUCAUCCCAGAGUAGAAAAUCUAGCAGGGCUUCGUACUACUCUGACCUGGGUCUCCCCAGCAGCAGCUAUGCUUCCACAUCUCAACUUCCUUCCCAAAAUGGAAAUUGGCCCUCCCUGCUGUACAGCGAUGCCCUGCCAGCCAGGAGUUACAGGGCGUCUGUGUACGAGGAGAGCGUUUACAGCGGGAGCCGGCGCUAUAGUGCCCCCAGUUCCCGCGCUCCUUCCGAGUACAGCUGCUACCUUGGUUCGGGAUCUCGGGCAUCCUCCAGAGCCAGCUCUGCUCGGGCCAGUCCAGUGAUUGAGGAAAGGCCAGAAAAAGACUUUGAGAAGGGAGCACGAACUGUCUCAAGUUUAUCAGCAGCUACCUUGGCUUCUCUGGGCGGGACUUCUUCACGGAGAGGCAGUGGGGACACGUCCAUCUCAGCUGACACAGAGGCAUCCAUCAGGGAAAUCAAGGACUCUCUAGCUGAAGUUGAGGAGAAAUACAAGAAGGCUAUGGUGUCAAAUGCUCAACUGGACAAUGAGAAAACCAAUUUCAUGUACCAAGUGGACACCCUGAAGGAUGCGCUCUUAGAGUUAGAGGAGCAGCUGGCAGAAUCCAGGAGGCAAUAUGAAGAGAAAAGUAAAGAAUUUGAGAGGGAGAAGCACGCUCAUAGCAUAUUGCAGUUUCAGUUCAUGGAAAUCAAAGAGGCUUUGAAGCAGAGAGAAGAAAUGCUUGCAGAAAUCCAACAGCUGCAACAGAAACAGCAGAGCUAUGUCAGGGAAAUUUCCGAUCUUCAGGAGACAAUAGAGUGGAAGGACAAAAAAAUAGGGGCACUAGAGAGGCAGAAAGAUUUCUUUGAUUCCAUAAGGAGUGAGCGGGAUGACCUUAGAGACGAAGUGGUUGUGCUGAAGGAGCAACUGAAGAAACAUGGAAUAAUCCCAGACUCUGAUACAGCCACCAACGGGGAGACAUCAGACAUUCUGGGUAACGAAGGACACUUGGAUUCUUCCCGAACCGUUCCAGGCACAACUCAGGCAUUAAAGACAGGAGGGGAGGGGAUGCUAGGCAAAGCCAAUGAAGUGGAGAUGAAAAAUGAGAUUUUGGAGGAUGUGGGGAAAAGAGAAAUCUUGCAGAAUACUGAGCAUGAGGAACACAAAGAGGAGUCUGAGGAGGAGGAAGUACAAACAUUGCAUGCUGCUGAAAAUGCAAAGGCAGAACAAAUGGUUGAAGAACGGGACACCCUGCCAACAGUGAUGUUACCAGAGAGUAGGUUUGCAGAGCCAGCUCAAAGCCUCACAGAACCUGUGUCAGGGAGCACUUCUUCAAAUAGUGAUAGUGACACAGAUGGCUUGAGAAAGGUCACAGAGUCCUUGGGCACAGCAGUCCAGCAGCCUGAGAGUACAGAGGCUGAACACCAUGACUUGAGUGCAAGGACAGACAAGAACUCGGAGCUGGGCUCUCUGCAAGACCACCAGAUUUUUGAGACUCCUCAGGAAAUGCUUUGUGACUCAGGUACAGAGCAGGACCUGGGAGAAGCCACACUCAAGCAGGAAGAACAAGAGGAUCUUAAAAGCAGCCAUGCCCUGAGUGAUAAUGAAAUGGAUGAAGAAUCUGACAGUACAAGUGAGAGCAGUGAGUUGGUUUCUAACCAGGCAGGGCUACCUGAGGGAGCAGUGGCAGGCUUGCUUAGGGAAGAGGGAAAUGUGGAGAGUUCCACUCCAGAGGAGCCCCAGCACUCAGAAGAAAGUGCUGACAACAAGGUUGCAAAUGAGGAAAAGUUUGUUGACUGCACUGAUGGAAGAAGUGAUAAAACAGCAGGUGACAGAACUGAAGAAGAUGAGGUUGAGAACACAGUUCAGGGUCAGCCAAGGGAGACUGAGUCUAUGGGUUUAGAGGGGACAGAGUCACAUGAAAGGGAUGUCCCAGCAGAGUCACUUGAAAAGGAAGGUGGAGAACAUCAGGCAUUCAUCCAACCAGCUUCUUCAGAGGACAGUCCUUCAGCAUCACCAGAGGAACCAAGUACAGAAGGUAAAACUGAAGAUGAAAGUUCUACAGCUGAGAAGGAUGGACAGAAGGAAGAAUUAAUGGAAGAGCUGGAGGAGUGUUCAGGUUCUACUGAAACAGGCGAGCAAGGUGUGGCAUCUGUGGAGGCAGGAGACUGCAUUCCUGAGGGAAAGGGAAGUGAGCUGCAGCAGGCACAGCCAGGCACGGAGCUUGUGAGAGAGGUGACCAUUCCAGAAACCCAUUUAGACCUGAGUCCUUUAGAUGAGAAAAUUAACGAGUCAGAAUUGGAUACAGGGGAUGAGGCUGGGGAAGGAAAGGAAAGUAGGACCGAAUGUGUAGAAGAUUUGAAUCCAAAGGUAGAAAUUCAAACAAGUCAGUGUAGUGAAGAAACAGCAGGUGGUACAGAAGGAGAGAAAAAUGUUCCUUUAGAAGGUGAAGUGCAGAAGGUGGUUAAACAGGUAGAAGGUGAAUCUGAAGAGGAGUCAGCUGUAGGUGUUACUGUAACUACUGAAAGCAAAGCCAGUAAAGAAACACGGAAAGAAAAUGAGCAAGAGGUAGAGCUUGCAGACCACCCUGGUGGGGAAUUUGCUUCUGAGGAAGGUGCAAAUAAUUCCCUGGCACAGAAGCCUGUGCAAGAUGAAAAUGUUAGUGAACAAGUUAAAUUGGAGGAAGGUGCAAAUAAUUCCCUGGCACAGAAGCCUGUGCAAGAUGAAAAUGUUAGUGAACAUGUUAAAUUGGAGGAAGGUGCAAAUAGUUCCCUGGCACAGAAGCCUGUGCAAGAUGAAAAUGUUAGUGAACAUGUUAAAUUGGAGGAAGGUGCAAAUAAUUCCCUGGCACAGAAGCCUGUGCAGGGUGAAAACAUUAGUGAACAAGUGGAAUUGGAGGACCAAGCAGAGGAAAGCCUGGAAGAUGAUGGUGAUGCAUUUGAUUUUGAUGAAGAGUCAAAUCAAAUAUUAGAAUCUAAUGAAAAAUGUGAUGGAGAGAAAGCUGAUACACAGGGAGAAGAGAGUGAUGGAGCAAAUGGUGCUGUUGGAAAAACUGCCCACACGGACAAAGCGGGAGAGGGAACAGACAAAAUGGAAACCAAAGAUGCCUUGACCGAAGGUGAAGUCUUGCAGCAUAAAAAAGAUGAGCCCGAAGAAACAUGGUGCUUACAAGGGGAAGCGUUGGGGAAAACUGAUAAGGAGGCUGAUGUGGAGGAAGAGGAAAUCAAAGUAUCAGAUUCUAGUAAAGUGGAGAAAUUACAGGAUCAAGAUGUUUUGGAACAGGAUUUGCAAAGUGCUGGCAUUAAGAGGGCUGAAAGCAGGGAGGAUUUGCAGGCUGGUAGAAAGAGUAAGGGUAGAUCCAGAGAUGACUGUACAAUCUCCUGAGUUCAGAAUCUCAAACCUACACGAGUUCGUGCCCUGUGACCAGUCCCAGGACACAAACAUGCACUUUGCACAAGACAUCAGACCUUGGAAUACUCUCAGAGCUUUUUCUUUGUAGGUAACUCAGCAUAAAAACGUGUAUGUGGUAAUGAUGCAAGUAUUAAGUUAUUCACUGUCGUACCCAGCCACGAGAAAUCGUGACUGGGUUUGGUUUUGCUGUGUCUCAGGUUGAAAGCUUAUCACCUACUGAGGAAGCUUCACAAAUUGCCUGUUCAAACUAUCAUGCAAUUAAAGUACCUCUAGUGUGGAUAGCUGCUCCUGGGGAAUUUCUAUAGGAUUUUUUUUAUUCUAGCCUCGUUGAUCAAUAUCUUGAAUGUACAUUUGGCCUUUGUGAACUUAUGCACAUUAUGCUUGCUUGUACUUAGAUCUAUAGCAAGUACAUUAACACUUCAUGAAGGAACUCAGCAAAUCAGCCACAGUGAUGGUAAAACUUCUUUCAGAAUGAUUAAAGCCUAUGAACGAAUCUUUUUUUUUAAUAUGAAAAAAAAAGAUAUUUUCAUUCCACUUUGUGUUACUUCUUAUAUGGUCAUAUUCCAAAAUAUAGUUAGAUCACUGUGAAUCUGCUUAGUCUGAGCACUUUGGAAGAGCAAUAUGCAGUUUGGAGAAAGUGCAACAUACAGGUCUUCGUUUGCUGAAAGGAAUAAAUAUAUACAUGUUUACUUCAUCUAGGCACUUUGCACCACAAUAGGCCUUUUACACCAUGUCUCACAUGGGGUUUUUAUUUUUUCCAGAGAAAGUGUCAAUACACACUGUAAUGUGUGCUUAAGUUUGCUAUCAAGUACUGUCUACAUAUGAAUAUAUAAAAUACCUAUUUUUCCAAGAAGAUUUUUGCUGAAAAUUUCAUUUUCUUACUGCAUUAUAUUUUUUUGCAAAUUCUGAUUCUGAAAGAAUGUUUUUAUCUCUGAAACAAGUCUUACCUCUUCCCUUCUGGAAAGAAGGUAACUUGGCAUGUCUUAACUCUUGCUGGAUAUCAGACCAAAGACGACUGUUGUUUUGUGUACUAGCCCCCCUGUGCCUUUUGGAAAAGCUGGAUUGCUUUGAAUUGCUGGCAUAAAUUAGGCUCUUGGACUCCCUUGCUGUAUUUCUUCUUGCAGCUCUGCUAGUGCUUGGGAGGAAGAGGUUGUUUUGCAUAUAUAAAUAUUCAUUUAAAGUGUUAAGCAAUGAAUGUCCCAAGGGAAUGUAAAUCGAUGGGGGGUGUGGGCUGUGGAAGGCUGUAUUUGUGUUGAUGUUACAAAGUUGUCAGAGCACAGACAGACUGCAAAAUUUGAAGAUGUAUAUCAAAAUGUACUGCUGUAUAUAAUUUAAAUAAACAUAUUUUAUACUUUAAA